ACCCCCGCCCCUAGAGCGCGCCGGCUCGCAAACGUCCUCGUGCGCGGGGGGCUACGGCCGUAGCUGCAGAAACCAACCUCCUGAUAGGUCGCGGGCGAAGCUCGCCUUGGGGCCCGGGCUCUGCUUCCAGAGCAGCCGGGAGCUCGGCAGGCCCGGAAGCUGAUGUGGCAGCUGUAGCCAUGUGGUCAGCUGAUGAAGUUGCUGGUCUGUGCUACACACAUUAUAGCACCAAGCUUCCUAAGCAGGGGAAGCCGGAUCCUAACCGGGAGUGGACUUUACUGGCAGCUGUGGUUAAAGUGGAGUCUGCACCUGAAAGAGAGGCUUGCCUUAAUGUUGGGAAUCUGCAGGUAACUAAGGAAGUUGUUGCUAUGGGGACUGGAACUAAGUGCAUUGGCCAUACAAGAAUGAGGAAAACUGGGGAUAUUCUCAACGACAGUCAUGCUGAAGUCAUUGCCAAGAGGAGUUUCCAAAGGUAUCUCGUCCACCAGCUGUGGCUGGCAGCCUCACACCAACAGGGCAGCAUCUUCAGCCCAGGGACUGAGAUUGGGAAAUGGAAACUCAAACCACACAUCACCUUUAUUUUUUUCUGCAGCCAUACCCCCUGUGGAGAUGCCUCCAUUAUUCCAAUGACCAAACCAGAGGACCAGCCUUGUGAACUGGUUAGUAGAAAAGAUCCAACAAGGCAUUCAGCAGAUUGCAGUGGCAACCAUGAUCCUGUGGGUCCAGAAAAUAAAAGGAAAACAGAGGAAACUGCAAGUGAUUAUGUGACCAAGAGAAUGAAAACUGUCAUCAGUGAUUCUACAUGUGAGGUCACUGAGAGAAUAGCUGCUCAGUAUGUUCCUGGCAAUCAACAAAACAUACAAGACACAAAUACCAGCCGCUCUGAAUUUAUUACAGAUGGACAAAGAGAGAUCUUAACGUGUGCUAAGGAGACCGGACUAAUAGGAGCCAAAGUGAUGGAUGUUUAUAGAACCGGAGCAAAGUGUGUGCUGGGAGAGAGGGAUGAUGCUCGGAGACCUGGGGUAGAAUAUCAUCAUGUUGGGUUACUACGAGUGAAGCCAGGCCGUGGAGACAGGACCUGCUCCAUGUCCUGCAGUGAUAAACUAGCUCGCUGGAAUGUACUGGGCUGUCAAGGAGCCCUCCUGAUGCAUUUCCUACAGCACCCGGUGUAUUUCUCAGCGGUUGUAGUGGGGAAAUGCCCAUAUAGCCAAGAGGUCAUGCGGAGAGCAGUUAUUGAAAGGUGUCAGCACAUCUCAUUUUUACCUGAUGGUUUCCAUGUUCAGGAGGUGAAAAUGUUGCAGUCAAAUCUUCAGUUUAAACAUAGCCGCCAUGCAAUUCAGACAGGUCAUGCUAAUGGCAAAGCAAAGCUUGUUCCUUGUGGUGCAGCUAUCAGCUGGAGUGCUGUCCCUGAGCAACCUCUAGAUGUCACCUCAAAUGGCUUCAAGCAAGGAACAACAAAGAAAGGAAUCGGAAGUCACCAGACCAGGAUUACGACAUAACAGAUAGCAAGGAAAUGAAACCUGAUUAACUGAAGGAGGAAGCAGUUUUAUACAGUCUUUUGGCUUUUGUUAAUAAAAAUUAACCAAACCACUAAACAUAAUAAAAUAUCUUUGUUAAAGGCUCAAUAUUCUAAGCAUUCAUUUAAGGCUGAAGGCACUCCCCAUUCUACUUUCCUGGGUUCUCCAAAAAGUCUUCUGGCAAAAACAGGGAAGAGAAGACUUGAUAUUCCUGCUAUUUCUAAGGUUAAAAAAUUGUCAGGAAAAAAACUAUUUAACAAACUCCACCUUCUAGGCCUUCCUUAUAAAUCAUCAUUUUCAAAUGGCACUCACUUUCCUUAUUUACUGAUGGGCCUUUUGAUGUCGCACCACUAUACCGUCCGAGUGCCUCGCAGCCAGUAAUGAGUGUGUCUGCCUGGCACCCCUGUGAGGCAGGGCAGGAUUUUUAUCCCCUUCCCCUUUGCCCCCAUCUGUCUUAUUGAGGGUUUUAUUCACGAUAAAUAAUGUAAUUGUUGGCACUUCUGUCAAAGUCUUGUGGGUUGUUCUCUUGCUUGAUGUUUGGUGCUGAGCCCCUCGUUUCUGAGAUGGAUGUGGGCUGGCAGGGGCACAGUCUCUUGCACAGGAUGCUGUGGGGAUAUUGAAAUGUCCCCUCUGCAGUCUGCCAUAGUACUGGCUAGGAUGGCUUUACAGCUUGCUUCUUGGACAAUGUAGCUCUUUAUCAGUGUAUCACUUCAAGUGAAGGGAAAGGAGAGUGGGGAGCUCGGAUGGAGCAGCAGAAGUUAAAUCAUUACGGAUCCCUUUACAUCAUUCAAGAAAUUAACAAAGGGUCUUUGUCUGGGCUGUGCUAAUGUGAAUUGUAAAGGUAAGCAUACCAUUCCAGAUUCCCAUGCCACUGCUGAACACAGCCAGAAAGAGAGAGGCCCGAAAAUGCUCCUGAUACAAAAUUCUGAUUCACUCUUCUGUAGUAUCCCACUGCUGUCUUUGUCAGGGUACACUAGCCUACGGCUGUUCUACGGUGAUUCUAUGAAUGAUUACCUCUCCCUUUUGGCUUUCCAUGACCCUUUCUUUCUCAUCAUUUCACUCCUUUCACUUCUCUAGCAAACUCAUUAUUUGAACAUUUAAAACUAUAAUUAGAAAACCAAUUCUAAAUUAUCUCAGAAACCUACAGAACUGUUAAUUGUAGUUGUAUUUUAUCUUUAUGGCCUCUUUCUAAAUAUUUAUAAAAUUACCACCAUUUUGUGGUUUGAACAGGGAAUAACUUUGUAAACGCCCUAAAAAAAUUCAUACAAGAUAGUGUUUAUAAGUAACCAGACUUUUCCAGUAAGUGAAGAUAGUUACUGUCACCUCCACAAGGCAUAGAAUGGAAGCAGGGGACCAUUUUCUCCAACAUAUCAACCUCAUCUGCAAAACUCUUUAAGGUUUUACAAACAAACAAAAGUGCAUUUGUUGAAAAGUUCCUUUCUUGUGUCAUCCUCUUCUUCUCCCUGAGAGCAAUUCUAGAUGUACAAGAUUCUGGGAGGUGGCUAGUCAUUUGUAAGAUUAUCCUAGGCAAAGCAUUUAUAAUUGAGGGAAGGAGCAAAUUAUCUAUCAUUGCUGUAGGCCUAAUGAGACAGGUGUCCACAGCAAAACUGCUGUUUUAUUUAUCCUACAGCUGAUGAUUUGAAUUCAGUUUCC